AUAGUUUUCGAAAAUUAAUGUUUGCAUCAAAGUUUUGAAUGCGCUGAUUUUUAGAUUUUAAAGUGAAUAAAAUGUGGUUUUGUCAAGAUUGUGUGAGAUUAGAAGGAGUUUUUUUCAAAAAAAAAAACUCUCAAAUUCACUUGUUUAAUUUAUUUAUCAAUUAAUUUAUCAAUGCACCAUAUUCGCGUUGUUUUAAAGAACGCAGCGUUAUAUAUAUAUAUAACAAAUCGAUACUCGUUCAUCAGUCACCAAGUUGUCCAUUGCUCCAUUGUCCAGUUGUCCUUAUUACAACCAAAAUGGCUGGUUUCCCUAUUCUCCGACUACCUUCCAAACCGCUACGCUUAUUAUUUCAAACAAUGGAUGUGUAUUAUUUAGUUUCCAUAUCUUUCAAUUCAAAAUUUGCUAAAUCUAUAGUUGAAUCGUUGAAUUUGAGAGCUAAUAACAUUAUUUUAACAAUGUCGACAAUAAUUUCCAUAGACGUCCAACUCAAUACACUUGAAAGCUUGUCCUUUAAAGUGUCGGAAAUCGGUUUAAGAAAAUUUCUAGACCAUAUCCUUGACAUUUUCCAUCAACAAAAAGUUUCUCAACUGACGAUUAGUAGUUACGAUUACCAAUCCAUCAUUGAAGAAUUCGAUAGCUUAAAUAUCGAAACAUUACACUUUACAUCUCCUUACAUGGACACUUUUCACGGAAACCUAUUGAAGAGAUGUUCAUGGAAUUUUGAUGAAUUGCUCCUAAGCUGUUUCUCCCCGAGAGUUCAAGAUUUUCAAGCAGUCACCUGUUGUAACUUUAAAAACAUUAUGAUAAAGCAAGACGAAUCAAUUAAAUUGGAAGACUUACUAGUUUCAAAUAUUUCCGAAAUACUUAUGCAUACACUAUUACCCCUAACAGAUAUUUGCCUAUUUUUGAAACACUGGAUCAAUGGAUCAAAUCAAUGGCUGGAGAUUUUGAUUAUGUAUGCCCAAAACGGUUCAAAUUUGGACGAGUUCACUACAAUUGCCUUGAAUGGAAUUGAUUAUCAAAAACCACCAACUGAUGGAAAAUUGGACGAUUUUGAAGUAUUUAAUAUCCGACGAAAGGAUGGGACUGCAGCGACUAUUACAUUAUUCAAUUCUCCUAGGUAUCCUAAAUAUGUUAAACUAAAUGUUUGUAGUUAGAUUCUUUUAUUUUCAACUUGUCUCAUUGGUAUUUAAAAAAUAGGUCCCAGAUUGGAAAUGUUAUUCACACAUUCAUUGUUAUGGUUCACUUCGUUUUGCUUGUAUUUGUGAUAAAAAGUUGAAUACUAAAA